UCCUCCAAAUACACAUGUGAGGAUCUGCGACUGCGCGGGGAGGGAUCCGUCCACACAGCGUUGUUUUUCCAUUUGAGUAGUGGGUGGUAUGUGGAAGGGUUACCGCAAGGGUGUAAUCUCAAUCCAGAUACAUAGUUUGAUACAGGGCUUCUGUUCUCUCAUCUCAAACGUGACAUUACAUAAGGAGGACACGUGACCCUGCGCGAGAGGAACGUUUGACAGCAGUUGGAACGACUGAGGGUUGGUCACCACAGAAACGCUUUUCGCAUCAAAAUAACUGGGCUGUUUCCACUUCGAACGUGUCACAUUUAGACAUUUCUUCAUGGCUUCAGCGCAGUGCACAAGAUAUUCCCUGUACUGGGAGGAGACUGAGUGCAUGAGCUACUAUGAGAUGCUGUCCCUCCAUGAGAUCUUUGAAAUCGUGGGCUCCCAACUCACAGAAACUGAUGUUGAGGUUUUGUCCUUUCUCCUCGAUGAAGCCUAUCCUGGAAAACAUCCCCUCGAUCCAAAGGGAUGGGCUGAUGAUUUACCUCCAGGGCCUGAUGGAUCUCCACAGGGUAAUUCUCCAUGUCCUCGGCUUCUGAAGACAUGGCGAAGAAUACAGCCCCAGAAUGAGCCGUGCCCCGUCGCCUGUCGCCAUCGACCCAAGAGUGGCGUUGAACUGCUCUUGGAGUUGGAGAGGCGAGGGUACUUGAGCGAGGGAAACCUCAGACCUUUAUUGCAGUUGCUGCGGAUUCUGACACGGCAUGAUGUCCUGCCAUUUGUCUCACAAAAGAAAAGAAGAACAGUGUCUCCAGAGCGAGAGAAGAUAGACUACCCAGAGGUGGAUACCAGACGGGAUGCACAAAUCAGCUCAAACACCGAUAUGCCAUCCUUUGAAAACACACAAGAUCACCAGUGGAGAGCAGGGGCUGGCUCUUCCAUGACAACAACCACCCCUGUCCGACGGAAGCGAGGUAGAGGUCAGCAUUGGAGAAGAAAAUCUGGGGGAAAGCCUGAAAUCCAGCCUCAGCCAACACCCAACAAAGUGACCUGCGAUAUCCGACUACGUGUACGUGCGGAGUAUUCAGAGCACGAGUCGGCCCUUCGUGGAGGAGUUUCUUCAGACAAGCAGCAGCCAUUGGAGAGGCAGUUUGAACUGUUCAGCCGAGCGAGCCUGCUGCUCCGCGCCCGGGAUCUGGGCUCUAUUGUCUGUGAUAUCAAGUUCUCGGAACUUGCCAACCUAGAUGCCUUUUGGGCCGACUACCUGAGCGGGGCUCUGCUCGAGGCACUGAAAGGGGUCUUCAUCACAGACUCUUUGAAAAGGGCAGCGGGACAGGAGGGGGUCCGGCUGCUUGUCAGUGUGGAUCAGGAUGACUACGAGGAGGGCAGGAAACUGUUGCUUAACAGCCAGACACAUAAUGGGACAAACUGGGAGCCUCAAAGGUUAGUGUGAGUUUGCCCUGAGAAAUGUCAGUUUCACCCGGGACCUUCAGUUGUGAUGGAUGAAGAAGAUGUUUUGCCUUUUUAUUUCAUUGCCCAUUGAGUGUUGGUGACCCUGCUGGGAUGGAGAGCCUAUUGGAGGAGACUAGAUUAAACUGGGCAGUCGUUUUGUUGACAGUUUCUGGAGUAAAAUGAUUCUUGACCAUUCAGAGGUUAGGUUCAGAUGUGGGGCUGUUUCUCUCUACUGCAGGUCAUUUUAAACAUGGACGAACACACAAUACCCAUAGAACAAACAGGAGGAAGGUUCUGCAUCUGUGAAUACCACUACUCUGCCCCAGGUGGUAUGUGGAUAGAUUUUUUUUUGUUUGUUUUUGUUUUUCAAAAUGUAAUGACCUACAGUGAACCCUGGAAUUCAAGUUUAAUGUUAAACUUUGUUUUGGAAAUGUAAAAUAACCUCUUUCUUAGAUAAAAGAUAGAAAGCAUGGGAAUACACAACAAACAUGAAAAAAAACUCAACCCCCCCCCCCCCCCCCAACAAAAAAAAACAAAACAAAAAAAACAUUAAAUUGUAUAACUUAAUUCUUAGUUCUAAGUUUGGGCUGGUAACGAUGCUUCAGAAGACCAAAGUCACACUUCCACCAUCAGGCCGGCGGAUGGGUUGCGUAACCGAACUGCUCCAGAGUGGUUUGUUGUUCUGCUUAUAACAGUCACAAAGAUGACUUUAUAAAGUACUUGACUGGACCAGGUCAAUCAACUUUGCCAAUAUUUGGAAAUGCCACAAGAUGGAGUAGAGAUUCAUGAUCCAUUACAACAAAGACUUUCUACAGUGUGUACCACUGUGAGACUGCAUUUGUCCCAACUACUCCAUGUUACCAUGCUGUUCGUCUCAGAAACAAGGUCAGCAAGUCAUGGAUUAUCAGAGCAAUCUUUGUAAAUUUCUGAAAGAAAAAAUGAUAGUUAAUUAUAAUCAGAUGAGUGCUGAUUUGACACCAGCCUUGACACACAACCAGACUAACCUCUGGUCCUGUUUCUAGAAUGUGUUGCCCUUUUUGUUAUAUUUGUACCUUUAUGACAAAAAGAUAAAAGUUCAGUAGUAGUUAGUGGUAAUUCAUUUUGAAACAGUCUUGUCAUAUGACUGAUAUUAAUUGAAUUGGGAGUGGAAAAUUGAACACUUUUGUGUUUUCAUGUUUUUGUUUAUAAUGAUAUUAUUUGAUAUUGUUUUGGAAUAUGUACAUUUACGUAAAUAUGAUUCUUAAUAAAGUACUGUCAGAAAAUA